AUGAACCCUUCCGCCCACCAUCUCGGCGCCUCCCCUGACCCACGAGAAGAGGAACAAGACCAAGCAAUCGCCUCGAUCCGCCGAGACAUCCAAAGACUCCAAAAGCGCAAACGAACCCUUGCAUCAAGUCUCCUCGCCGCCGAUUCCGUCCAAAAACUCCUUCGCAAACCACUUCCAGCCCUCACCUCAAUCAAUGACGAACUCUCCCCACUCGUCCGGGCAGCUGGUAAACACUCUGAAAGCAAUCACUACCGGGUAGCCUUCGGUGCGACUGCGUUUCCAUUUCAAAACCCCUCGCCGACAUCAAAACAUAAUCUCCUCGGCGUGCGCUUAGACGUCUGCGCGCGUAAUGGUCAGUUCGCGAAGCCGUAUUACGUGCUUUUGAGACGGGAGCACGUGCAGGAGGGUGAUGAGAAGAGGUUGCGUGUGCAUAGGCACACCAUUCCGGCAUUUAUUUCCAUGUCGAAGCUUGAGGGGGUUUUCUUGCCGCUUCCUAGGCCUGGGAAGGGGCAGGAGAGGAAGCAGGAUUUGAGGGGAUUCGUGCGUGAGCUGAGGAGGGAAUUGGUUGCUUGGCAUAUGAGGAGCGAUGCAAUUGACUUCCUGCGGGAGAAGUUGGGACUCGGGGAAACUGGGUCUGCGUCCAGUCUGAGUGAGCGAGCGGUGCCGGUGGAUGGGACCGGGAUUGUGUCUUUGGCGUCUACUGCUGUCGAGGCACGAUACGUACGGCUUGAGUGGGAGGAUGGCCGUGUGGGGCGCUUCAAACUGUCUAACGCUGGUCUCGUUGAACGCGCGGUAGUCAUUGGUGAUGCAGGCCGUGACAAACUAACGGAAGACGCGAUGACUGGUGGCGGUGGUAGGGUCGAAGCACUUUUGGAACGGCUGCGAAGCGUGGCCAGUCAAUGGCUUGAACGAUGA